GGUGUUCUCGGUGAAGAUGAUAAUUUGCGUCUUGAAGUUGAACUGAUUUGACGUUUAAUUUUGACCUUCUAAACUAGAUAAGUCAAAAUGUUUGGGCUGAGCAGAAUAAACCAUGGAUUCCGUGUGAUUUCUGGGGUCAAAAGAGUAGUACCUUGUAGAAAUGGCAGUGCUGUCUACCGUGGUGCAACAGCGCCCUCUAGGACCAGACAGAUUCAGGGAAUGGCCGUCGUCUCAGCCAUGUGGUUUUGGAUACUAUGGAGAUUCUACCACGAGCCUGCUGAUGUUUUUGGUCAUUUUGAGUAUCCAGAUCCUUCCAAGUGGACAGAUGCAGAAUUGGGAAUUCCCCCUGAUGAUGAGGAUUGAUGAUUGUUUUGCAACAACUUAGAAUUUGUAGGACGUGUAUAUAGCUGGAAGCUUUAUAUUGAUUGAAUUAAAGAGGACACGCGUAAGAGCUAGUACCUGAUGAUGUCAUUUUCCACAGACAAUUAGAGACAUUUCC